AUGGAAUACGAAGUGGAGAAAAUCCUUAAACAGGAAAUCCGAAAUGAAAAGACCUACUACUAUCUAAAAUGGGUUGGUUAUAAUAACCGCUACAACACCUGGGAACCAGAAGAAAAUCUCAAUUGUGAUGAACUUUUGGCGGAUUUCAACAAAUCACGUGCAGUCACGGUUCUUGGUGUGGGCAAGAAAGGAGGACAAGUGUUGUAUUUAAUGCAAUUUCACGACGAAAAUGAGCCGAUCCUCAAAUACAGUGCACAAGCAAGCAUUUGGUCAAAAGAUUUGUUGAAAUUUUUGAUUUCUCAAAUCUCUUUCGAUGGUUUUGAUGAAGAAGUAGCGGGUGCAUCUCCAAACAAUGUUCUUUCAACUGAAGAAGUCCCAGCCGAAGAGGUUCCAGACAUUAUUUGUAAGGAUAUUUACAUUAUUCAACUCUUUAUGCACAAAAACCGAUUGAGGUCUGCCUAA